AUGAAACUCCUCGAUAAAACAAUAGCCCUAGAAAAAGACAAGAGUGGCUCGCUCUCCCUCAUCCCCCAGGACAAGGAAGACUUGUGGCAACUCUACAAUCUUAUCCAAAAGGGAGACAUGGUCGAGCUUCUGACAGUCAGAAACGUCAAGAAAACAGAAGGAGGCAAGGCCGAACGUGUCCAUGUCCAUUUGAAGCUCGCUGUAGAGAGCGUUGACUACGUUCCGUCCGAUGAGGUGAUGCGCAUAAGAGGUAAGACGGUCGAACAGAACGAGUACGUGCCCAACCAGAGUUACCACACUGCAGAAGUGCAAUUGAACAAGAAAUUGAAGAUCAACAAGGCGGAAUGGGAUGACAUCAGUUAUGGGAUUGUCUUGGCUGCAUCUUCUGUCGAAAAGAAGGCAGAGGUUGGAGCUGUGGUCCUCCAAGAAGGUGUUGCUCACUUGUGCUUGGUCACAGACACAAUGACGGUUCUUAGGAACAAGAUCGAGAAGGCGAUCCCACGGAAGAGUCGAGAUGCGGGUGGAAGCGCGCAUGAUAAAUCAAUUGCCAAGUUUUUGGACAUGGUUCAGGCCACUGUCUCCAGAAACUUCGACUUUGAAAAAUUGAAGGUGAUCAUUCUUGCGUCGCCUGGCUUCACCGCUGCGGCAUUGCAGAAGGCCAUUUUGGAUGCGGCCGUGAAAGAAGACAACAAGGUCAUCCUAAAAAACAAGUCCAAGCUUUUGGUGGUGCAUUCUUCUACUGGGUAUCUACAAGGCCUUGAGGAGGUCCUCAAAGACCCACUGGUGCAGAAGAACCUCAAUGAUACCAAAUUUGCUCGCGAGGCUGCGGUUUUCGAGGAUUUCCAAAGGAAUUUGAACGAGGACGAUGAUAGGGCGUGGUACGGUCCCAAAGAGGUUGCCAAGGCGGUGGAGCUUGGGGCUGUCAAGUACUUGAUGUUGACCGACUCCUUAUUCCGCAGCGAUGACAUUGCAGCCCGAAAACAUUACAUUGCGCUCAGUGAGGAGGUUAAAAAUCUGGGUGGCGAGGUUUUCGUGUUCUCUACCCUUCAUGAGUCGGGAGAGCAGUUGGAGCGUCUCACUGGUGCUGCCGUGCUUCUAAAAUAUCCAAUGAACCUCGAAGAUGAUGACGAGGACGAGGAAUAG